AUGUCGCUGCUUUACUCUGUCGGUGCUUCUGCAUCGUUGACGACGCUGCUAGCGCUUUAUUUGAUCUUCACGGGAUCAGGAAGCGCUUUUGCAGUCGGGACUUUUCUGGAAGAGACGAGUCCGUAUGCGUGGGCACUGCUUGGAAUCGGUUUGUGCAUCGGGUUGAGCGUGGUCGGCGCUGGGUGGUGAGUCUUGACAGCUCGCUAGGGUGCAAGCACUGGUCUCGCUCGCGCGGGGCUUUGAGGCCUGCUGCUGCAUACAAGAUGCGAAUACUCAAUGUAGAUCUGGCUUUCAGGCAAUUUCGGGGACGUUGGACUGACCAUUGUUCUUGCUCAACCCCAGGGGCAUCUUCAUCACUGGCUCGUCCAUCCUGGGAGCCGGAGUCAGGUCACCUCGCAUCACUACAAAGAACCUGAUCUCGUGAGUGUGCAUCGCUCUUUGAUGUCUCCGCUGCAGGCAAUGUUGCUUACUGUAAGGUCUCUCGCGACCACCCCCCCGGUCCCCCGAAUUUCUACAGAAUCAUUUUCUGUGAGGUCGUGGCUAUCUACGGCGUCAUCAUGGCAAUCGUCUUCAGUGCCAAGAUCAAUGGCAACCUGAAAGGAGGCGCCGACGGGUUGUGGACAGCUGAUAAUUACCUGACUGGUGAGUCUAUGCUAGGCCCGUCCUUAGCAAUGUACAUUGGGCCUUGCCUUGCUUACCUUCAAGAUCACGAACCACCAGGCCACGUGCUCUUCUGGGGUGGUUUGACAGUCGGCUUGUGCAACUUGUUCUGCGGCGUGGCAGUGGGAGUCACCGGCGCCAAUGCUGCAGUGGCAGAUGCUGCCGAUCCUCAGCUGUUCGUCAAGAUCCUCAUCGUUGAAGUAUUCAGCUCAAUUUUGGGUCUCUUUGGAUUGAUCGGUGAGCUCCUGGCGUCAGCAUGAACGACAGCAUCCCAAGCGGACGACUUACCGCACUGUCAUUGCUUCUCUCGUCUUGCUCUUUAAUCCCGACGCAGUGGGCCUAAUCAUGGUGAGUCAUCGAGUCUGGCCAUCGUGGUCAUCCGUCGCGCACUGAUACCCCACCUUCUACUCGUCGCAGACUGGAAGCGCCGUCGAGUUCUCGUGA